AUGGUACCUGCCAACCUGAUGGACCUAAUCAGUUCUAUGACACUACAUCGUUUGAUCAAUGAUAAUAUUGGUAUUGCAUGGAUUGCCAUAUUUCAGGUAAAUAACGUUCUCUACUAUUGCCAAGGCUCAUUAUUUGCACUAUCUAAUAAACAAUGAGUCGUGUUGUGGGAUGAUUACAAGUCGUUUCGAAACACUCCCCGUUUUUGAUUCAAGUUAAUCCGAUACAAUUUGUUCUGUAGAGUUGAAAAUAGCUCCACGUACUUGGCUUAAUGAACGAAGAAUGGUUCACCCGAUCCAAAAUUUUUCCAAUUUCACCGCUUGAGUUCAUAUCGAAACGAGUUGUAUCGAAAAGACCUUGUAUUGAAACGAACGGUUUCCUGUGGGAUAAAAUGGAGCCCACGACUUCAGCUGAUCUCAGUCUUGUUAACACGAAACACCUUGAAAAGGAUUUAACCAAUCACAUUGUUAAAGCCAGCGGCAUCAGGUCACGGGGUACCCAUUUAUACCCCUGUUAAAGAGAGCCAAAGGACAGCAAAUCUCUAGCUUUAGAAGACAACAAGAUUGAACAGUCAAGGUUCCAGCUCGACACUAGCUUGUUCCAGGCUACAAGGUAGGAGAAUCGAGAAAAGUUGCGCGAAAACCGCGUGGGGGCUGGGGAGAGACAGAAUAGAAGAGCUUCUCAGCAUUGUUUUCAGAGAGCUUUAGCAUCGACGACGGAGACGGUACAAAAAAUUAACGUCACUUUCAAAAUAAAUUCGCAUUUUUUCAAACUUUGUCGCGUUUAUUCCACUUUGCUGAAAAUGUUAAGAUGUAGGCGAAUUUCACAGGAGUGGAUUUCAUGGGGAUCCCACUAAAAAUUAGAGAGAGAAAGAAAAAUUCGUCGGGGCUUGCCGGUUUACAUCCGCAAUAAAACGUGAAAUUAGGCAUUUUCACGUCUGGUCUAGUCGUGCAGCCAGUGGCGAAGAAAUGUACAAAACAGCGUGAUGCACGUGUAAAGAAAGUUAUUAUUAUUAAUCUAUUGUUUGUCUGACGUUCUCGUUCCCGUCGCCGUCGUCGUUGCUAAAACUCCCUAAUGCCUCAUGCCCAUGUGGUAUACCCAGCUCCUGGUAUACACCCUGCGAUUGGUCAAUUGUGACAAUUUACUUCAAUAUUUACGUCAUUCAUUUGUUUUCGCGUGCGCAGAGUCUAAAAAACAUGUCAAGCAUGGGAAACACCGCGCCUUUUGACGUUUGACAUUUUACAUUUUGACACGAUAAACGGCUUUUCAGUGUUCAGUAAGUGGACGGGGUAGUGGUGGGAUUGAAAAGAUGCUCACAGGCUCUUCCCUUCUCUCUUCUCGUCGUUUUUCGCUCGUUCGCUAUUUUACUGCUCGCGAUCUUCUUUCGCUCGUCCUCACUGAUACGCUAAACUACUACUCAUUUAUAAAACCAGGAGCUCUAUCCCCCGAUUAUGGCUCCUGAUAAAACUUCAAUUCAUCCAUACGCAUAUUGACAUUACUUGAACUCAAAUAAUGGAAUAAGUUUGAUUGUUUGUGAAGAUGAACUAAAUAGGGCCAUUUUUCUUAGAACAGUAUGUGCAGGCACCAACCGAAGAAGAAAGUAAUAAUAAAUACAAAAACUUGCAUUUUAAACAGGUUAUUACCCUCGAAGGUUGGUCAGAUAUCAUGUAUUUUGUUCAAGAUUCUCACAGCUUCUGGAACUGGAUUUACUUUGUUGUGCUGAUAGUGGUGAGUUUAGUUUUAUAAGCACUUAGCUGGUACCUAAGAUCUUAUCAAUAUCAUUUCAAAAGAUUCUGUGUUAAAGCUUUUUGACUUAGCAAGAACCUUGUUGUGUUAUCACAAGAAUUGUGAUAACCCGAACAUAGAAGAGAUGAUCAUUUUUUUCAACCUUGAGACGGGAGAGGAGAGAGAGAACGAAAAAAGUCUAUAUGAUAUUAUCAAUGUUAAUGUAUUCCACCGCAAUUUGAAGAGAUUUCACUGCACAAAAGGGGGCUGAAAUAUACCUACUUUACUUCUGUGGUGGGAUUUAAGUGGAUAUAUGAGCUAUGUCUUUCAGUGUAUGGUCAGGUAUUUAUGUUAUCCCUUCUGGGUUUGUUAUUUGAUAGAUGGGUUCAUUCUUCCUUGUGAACUUGUGCUUAGUGGUAAUCACAAUGCAAUUCCAAGAAACAAAGGCACGUGAGAUAGAGCUAAUGGAGCACAGUAAAAAAGAGACUGGGCUCCACCACCCAUCGUCACUGAUGUCGUUUGUCAAGUUUCUUCAAAACUUAUGCAAAUGUGCCUCUCAAGAUAAAGAACCUCAAGUUCAUCACCACCAUCACCACUUUUAUCAUCAUCACCACUUUCAUCACCACUUGUACAACUGUUUUGUGUCGGCUUCUCCGGUGAUGCUUUCUAACGUGCGAAAUGUUUCUGAUCUGGCUCGUUCAUCAGAAAUACCAGAAAUAAAAGUCCAAGAAGAAGGAGAACAAGAGGUAUCAUUUCCUCCAUUUUCCGAGGAGUAUGAUGUGUAUCAAAAAUGUCUAGCUUCGACUCAUGAACAAGCUUCUCGAAGAAGUUCAAGAACUUCCACAUGCUCACAUACGUUAUCAAUACAUGCCGAAACAGCAUCAGUCGUUUCUUUCGAAGACAUCAUGGCGGAAACGAAGACAACUGUAACUUUAAACAUUCCCCCACCGACCGCCACCGUGGGCUUCUUUGCAUUUGCGUCGAGUAACAGUAGCCCUAGAAUGAGGAAAAAUCCUAACAUCGAUAAAGCCGAACAUUCUACAUCCACGACCGUUUCAGCGGAAAUAAACCCACAAUAUUCCAGCGUUAACUUUGGAAAACAAGAUGAACCCAAAAUGGAACUAAAGGUCGAAAAGAAGUCAUCGCUUCGUCGUAACGAUAAAGAUGCGUUAAAAAAGCGGCGCUUUAGCCAGCCAGUUCACGUGAAGUUGGAUUGCACUCCAACUCCUGUUAUCUCAACGUACAGGCCCUCAGAAAUAGUUAACGAGGACAUAGACCCUGAUGAUUUUAUUGAGGUUGGAGCAAAUCCUGUCAAACUAGGAGUAGAGGGUUUUUCAACUUCUCCUAAACAUAAUUUAAAGAGCAGUGACCUUUCUUUUCAAGAAAUCUCUUCAAAUAAGGGGCUGGAAGAUGAUAUCAACCCAGUUACUGCCCCCCUAAAGAAACCAUCACUAUCUCACCGUAGUAUCUCUACACAGAGUGAAGACGAUAAGCUACGAUAUGUUUGAAAGUCUUUUUAACUUACGCCAAAGCGUCUCGUAUGAUGUUACAAUGAAUCAUGGCAUUUGGCAGAAGUUCAGAGGUCUUUGCCGAAAAAUUACUGUUAGCAAGCAGUUCACGUUCUUCAUCAUGAGUGUUAUUCUACUGAACAUGAUCUGCAUGGGCCUUGAACAUUAUAAUCAGGUAUGCAUUAAGUAUUUUUCAAGAUUAUAGUGGUUUACAAGAAAUGGAGACCAUAAUAGGCAGAUUUAUUAGCAAGGAAAACAUUAGUCUGAUAAAACAGUGGACAUUUCGCGACGCCCCGACUUGUUUCCCAGCGAGAUGAGUUGUCACUACCCAGAUCUGGGUAGUGCUACUGAUUGGUCGUUCCGCGAGAGAAAUUUGCUUCAACCAAUUAACCAAUAAUGUGUUUAGUUGUCUCAGUUUUCUGUGGUUUCUGAAACGAUUGAGAUGGAUUCUAGUAAAUUAAAGUUGCAUUGCUUUCCUAAGAUAUAUCCACUAAAGAGGAAGCAACUUAAUUGAUAGCCCCUCCUAGUCACAUAGAAACAAGUCAACAGGCAGAGAAGCUCAGGUAGAAAGUAGCUUUUGGUAUUUUUGAAUCCAAAUAGCAGUAGUAGUUCUUUUCCACGUACGACCAAAAUUAUAAAAUAGAGCACUCUAAUUCAUGCAUGCCAGUGCAGUGGAUGCUAAGAUUUUUUAGAUCUAGGAUAAAGGGUCUCACUUGUGAUCACAGACCCCUCCCUUAUAAUUUUGCUGUUACCAUACUGUUGCCAUGACGCCCAAAUUACAACAACCACAAAACGCUGAAAAGAAGUCACAUGGCUGUAUUAAUUUCCAUAGAAUCUGGGGUACUUGUGCUUUAUCUCUGAUGUUUUCUAUCGCAGCCAGAUAGUCUAACAGUAGCCCUGGAGACCACAAACAUAAUUUUCGUUUUAUUUCAAUUAAUGCAAAGCCUCACUGACUCAAGUACUGGUAACUUUAAAAAUAAUGACAAAACUUGUAAUUAUCCUACUAUCUAUUACUAUACAUUGAACUCACUAGCUGUCUUCUCAUUGGCUAAGAGCCUACAGCUAAUUUUGGAAACUAGCCCAACCUACAGAUUCGUUAGUUAUCUGCUAGCAGAUAAUCGACUAAGCUGUGGGUUUCGCGUUUUUCGUUUUUUAUCAAUUCAGGUUGCUUGCGACUGUGUGUGUGGCGUUAUUUUCUUCAAAACAAUGUAUAAUAAAACUAUUUUUAGAUUCGGUUUUUGUGAUAUUCUAAAUAAUCAAGGUCUCAGUAAGUGUUAUCAGCCUCGGCCUUCAGCUCGGCUGAUAACACUUACCUCGACUUUGAUUAUUUAGGAUAUCACAAAAACCUCAUCCACUAAAUGAUUGUUUAUUAUUGGUUUUCUCUGCUAAGUAAUUGUUAUCAAGAUAUUGGCACUUGACCAAUUAUUGAUCAUUGAUUGGUUGAAGCUAGCGUAUUGAUUUUCAGGUACUCAUACCUCAAAAUGCCACUUUUUAAAUGUAUUAUAAAAAUAUCUAUACCACUAUUUCAAAUUUAAUAUAAUUACGAGGUAAAAACCCACUUGACAGGAGGUGAGACGGUUCAGUGUUGGUCCAUGAGACCUUCCGCUUAUUUUCUUUCAAGGCUAUUAGCAGUAAAUAAUUUUGAUUAGUUGGCUAUUGAUAAGCAUGGCCGAGGAGUUGAUCUCUUGAUGACCGGGAACAACCCCUUAAAAGAGAAGGUUUGAACCCAGAUGACUCGGGUUAAAUUCAAGGCCCUAAGCCGGCACCCUGUCAUAAUUUAAUAAAGCCACCAUCUCCUUUUAAAUUUCAGUGUCUGCGAGAUACUUCUUUCCAAAGGGAAUUUCGCCCUAUCAGUGUUUCGUAGCAUCAGACUUCUCCGCAUCUUCAAACUUGUCAGACCAGUUCGAUACCAGUUACUCGUGGUAAUUAAAACCAUGACAAGUGUGAUGACCUUUUUUGGCCUCCUGUUCCUAUUCGCCUUUGCAAUCCUUGGUAUGAAUUUAUUUGGUGGAAAAUUUGAAUUCAAGAACGCUGAAGGAGAACUUGUCACCUCCAGGAGUAAUUUUGAUGACUUCCUUUGGGCAAUGGUAUCUGUGUUUCAGGUAUGUUUCGGUUAUCGUGUCAAUCAUUAUUUUUAUAUCCAUCAGGCCCCGGUUGUUCAAAAGAUGGAUAGCGUUAUCCACCGGAUAAAUCAUUAUCCAGUGGACAAGUAUUAGGAAAACCAAUUGUACUAUCCACUGGAUAGUGAUUUAUCCGAUGGAUAGCGUUAUAUACGUUUUGAACAACUUGGGCCUGCGGUCAGUCCCCAUCGAGCGUUAGGUUAUUUUAAUAAAUGUUCGCUUGACUGAUUGUGUAAAUUUUACAACUUCUCCGUUGCUAUCCUCUGCUGAUUAGUAGAUACCACCAAACGCAAAAGUUUCAUUUUAUGUCGAAACUCCAAUUCCUCUUAAGUUGACCGAAGUUUAGAUAGCAAAAACGAUUCAUAUAUAUUUAAUUUUUUGAAAAAUUUGGUGAUCAAUCUAACCUUGGAUCAAAAUCAGAAAUUAUGCUACCUUUCCAACUGCCUAAUCACCUUACGUGAUAGGGGAUGUGUAUGUUGUUUUGGUCAAACCUUGUACACUCAGUCACUCACUCACUAUGGCGUCUUUAUUAAAAACAUUACAGUUUUCUCUGUGUCUUCAUACUAAAACCGUGAAUUUUGCGUCACAUAGAUCCUUACCCAGGAGAACUGGAAUCGAGUAAUGUAUAAUGGCAUGCGCAGUACAAACAAGUGGGCAGCGCUGUACUUUACGACCCUGAUGGCUGUUGGGUAUUAUGUGUUGUUUAACCUACUAGUGGUAAUACUGGUGGAACGAUUCACAAACUCUGGGGUAAGCGUGCAUGGCCUGGGUAAUUUUCCAGGGUUCAUUUAAGUGCAAUGCUUUAAUUAACCUGUAAAUGAAAAUAUGCCAAGUUAUAGCUCACAAAAAGGAACUUCGUAAGAGCAACAAUAUAGGCUUAAACCUUCAUCAGUUGGGGAAAAGGGGUUGGGUUUAGGCAAUUCCUUAAUUAGUCCUGGCAUUUGCAUGAUAAGGGUAUGCUAUGCGUAAGUGAUUAAAAAACCAAGUCAAGGUAAUGAUCAAUAUCGGAAUAAAAUUUCCCAAGAGAAUUUCUGGUUCUUUGUGUGGGUAAGAAUCAGCCAUAUAUUCAGAAGUCUCGUACAUGUAUGAUAAGCAGCUUUCAUUUUUAAAUCAAAAUAUGUAACUAAAAUGCAAUUAAUUAUUUUGUAAUUCUGAAUAAAUCUCCAUCUUUGAUAUAUUUUCCAUAUUCAAAGUCGAAGAAGGAAAAAGACCCAAGCAUUGGACAACAACGAAGGGAUUGGUCCCUGUACCUUUUUCCAGCCUCUAGAAGGUACGGAUGUGUAAAAAAUGUUCCAUUCUGUAAAGAAUGUUGGGAAUUGUUCAAAGGGUAACAUGCUUAAUAAUAUCUAGAUGAAAAACUGUGAAAACUAAAAAAAUUCAUCGUUAAAUACCCUUUUCUAAUAUUAUGCCGAGAAGAUGUCAUCAUCAUUAUAUUAUCAUCAUCUGGAAUAGAAACCAGAAGGUCACAGUUUCAACUCCUAUUAAGAGUACUUGGAUUUUUUCUUUCGUGCCGCCUAUGUCACUGACUGAAAAAAAAUCUCAUCAUCAUCAUCAUCAUCAUCAAGAUCAUUAUCACUUAAUAAAGUAGGUCAUAUAUAAAGUGUAACUUGAAAGCUUACGUAAACCUGAUACAGCAAUACAUAUCUAACUGAUUUUUUGAAAACCAACCUAACAAAAUUUGAAGUCAUUUGAGUGAAAAGGCGUCAAAAGGCGGGUUCCAUGAGCCCGAGAGGCUCCAAAAUCACGUUAACGAAGGAAAAGGAAAGGAGAAGAAGAAAGAGCGAGGAGAAGAGAAAAAAAGCAAUGGCUGCAAACGGUCCAUUUGGCGGUAACCUUUUCAAAAACCCGGCUAGAUAUUUAACAAUAUUCAAUGACAUUGAGAAAAACCCCGGGCCUCCUCUGAUUAUUAAUAAUAACCAAGUAUCGCAUCUCAACGCAUUUACGGUUGCCCAUCGCUCAUCUCAGAGUUUGUUUGUAUCUCCUUCGACUUCACACCUUGAUCUCCAUUUUGUUCGUUAUGCUAAUUUGCCUCGAUGUCUUACUUACUCCAGGAACGAUUUGCUCAAAAUUCGCUUCAGAGGUGGCGAUUUGAAACCGAGCUCUGAAUUACUGGCUCGACUAAAGAAUGCUUCCUUACUCAGAUAUCGCGGAAAACGGUCUGGUAAGAAGAGGAAUAAAUGUCUUCAUUCUUCGAUUACCGUGUUAACCGGUCGUCGUUGCGUAACACCUUUACGACCUCCUGGUCCGCGAAUUCAAACUUUUAUCCCUGUUUCAUUAUCUGUGGAUCUUGAAACUCCAAUUGGAUUGCGAGAUCAACGUUCUGUAGCUUUUUCACUUCUCAAUGCACGAUCUGUUAAGAACAAGCACCUUUUAAUCAAAGAUUGGGUUGUUGAUAACAACAUUGAUAUUCUGGCCUUGACUGAAACCUGUCUUCAACCUGACAAUAAAGAUGACCACAUUAUUGGUGAUCUUACACCGACUGGUUAUUCAUUUUAUCAUUCCCCUAGAGAAACCAGAGGUGGCGGUGUUGGUAUUUUAAUAAAGGAUGGUUUCGACAUUUCCAGAUCUACUAUCUCUACACACCAAUUCCAAACGUUUGAGUUCAUGGAUCAGAUGGAUAUGCAAAUUAAAACCUCCUUGUCCAGGAGUGUUUGCAUCGUCAUUAUUUAUCGACCUCCUUUGUCGUCAAAUCGUGAUUGCACCACCGAUCAUUUUAUGGUUGAAUUCGGAAGUCUUCUAGAACAAUAUGUCACGGAUUCAUCUAGCCUCCUGAUUACCGGUGACUUUAAUCUUCACGUUGACAAUAAUCUUGAUAAAUCUUCACAGGAUUUUCUAGCUCUCAUUGACUCGUUUAAUUUGAAGCAACAUGUAUGUUCUCCUACUCACCGAGCUGGUCACAUAUUGGAUCUCCUCAUAACAACAGAUGAUGAUCGAUUAGUUACAUCUGUUUCUACUCAUGACGCCGCUUUCUCUGACCAUUUUGUUGUUAAUUGUGCUUUGUCCAUGGAGAAACCCAUGUUUACAAAGAAACAAAUUAUGUAUCGUAGUUUUAAGAAUUUUGAUAUCGAUCUUUUCAUCAGUGACACUCGAAGCUCUUCCCUCAUCAGUGAUCCGCCAAACGAACUUGAUGAUCUAGUUACACUUUAUGAUUCUGAGCUAUCUGGAAUCUUUAACAGACAUGUUAGUAGUAUAAUAUGUUGAAAGAUAAGCUCCGUUAGUGUCUAGCAAGGUCUAGCAAGGUCUAGUCAAUGACGUCACCCAUUGUUAUAACCUGGGAAAAAGUGGAUUCCCUUUAUUAAUAUGUAUAAGUGUCUUCCUGCAUACUAAUUUGGAUUUCCUGCAUACUAAUUAAGUGUCUUCCUCCAUAUAUAAUGAAGUGGAUAGGUUUACUAAUGAGCGUCACUCUACUACAAUAGAAACAAUAGACUUGCCUAGACUUGCCCGGUAAGUAACUUGAGCUCGGUUUUCAGACCGUCUAUUAAAAGGAAUAAGAGAAACGAUCACCUAGCAACGCGAGAAACGGCUUCCUGUAUCUUAUUUAGCGCUAAAACUCAGAUAUACAUAAACACAAAGGGAGUUGAAAAGUCUUUAUUUCAAUUUAGUUUACGUCUUCUUAUUUGGCGCUAAAACUCAGAUAUAUAUAAACAAAACAUACACAAAUUGGAGCUGAAAACUCUCUAAGUUUGUCUGACAUUUUCUCCUUUCUAUCUCGAGGAAAUGAAAGUCUUGUCAUUUUCACGCACAGUUAAUCAGUUAAUUAUGCGAGUUCGCAAGCCCAAAGUUGAAUACAAAUUAGCUCUACAGGAAAGACCCAAGGGAGAGAAUCUUGACGUAUUAUUAUAAAACAAAUAACUUAACAAGGAUUAAUUAAAACACGCGACUAAUAAUUGCUAGCAAUAAAAUCUGACACGAGAUACCGUUUAAAACAAAAAGAGUCAAAUACACAGCGAUUUGAAAGAAAUCUAUUAAAACAGUCAAAGAAAGCAAGUCAUGUUUUACUUACCCCUUUCCCUUUUCAAUUUUAUUUCCCUCCUCAAUCUUUUCUUUUUCUCUUCUCCACAAUUUUAUUAUUUUCCCUCCUCAAUGUUUUUAUUCCCUCCUCCGCAACUUUUAUUAUUUUCCCUCCUCAAUGUUUUUUAUUCCCCUCCUUCACCUCCACCUCCUCAUUUAUUCUAUAUAUUUUUCCAUCCACAAAUACAUAGACCGCCUAGCGACCCUACAUCGACCCUACAUCGAUCCCACAUCGACCCCACAUCGACCCUACAUCGACCCUACAUCGACCCCACAUCGACCCCACAUCGACCCCACAUCGACCCCCAUCGAUCCUACAUCGACCCUACAUCGACCCCAUCGACCCCCAUCGACCCUACACUCAACUUUUUAACACUGCUUCGUAAAUAGUGAAGCUAUAUACCACCACCGCCACAUUUCUAUUGUUUUCCCUCCACCACCACCACCACCGCCACCACAUUUCUAUUGUUUUUCUUUCCACCACCACCACCACCACAUUUGAAUUGUUUUCCCUCCACCACCACCACCACCGCCACAACAUUUCUAUUGUUUUUCCUCCACCACCACCACCACCACCACCACCACCGCCACCACAUUUCUAUUGUUUUCCCUCCACCACCACCACCGCCACCACAUAAUUAUUGUUUUCCCUCCUCCUCCUCUUCCUCCUCCUCCAACUCCUCCACAUUUCUAUUGUUUUCCCUCGAAAGGCCAAAGAGGCCAAAAUCAGGCCUAAAAGGCCUAAAGGCCAAACUUGGAGGGAAAACAAUAGAAAUGUGGAGGAGGACGAGAAGGAGGAGGAAGAGGAGGAGGAGGGAAAACAAUAAUAAUGUGGUGGCGGUGGUGGUGGUGGUGGUGGUGGUGGAGGGAAAACAAUAGAAAUGUGGUGGCGGUGGUGGUGGUGGUGGUGGUGGUGGUGGUGGAGGAAAAACCAUAAUAAUGUGGUGGUGGUGGUGGUGGUGGAGGGAAAACAAUAGAAAUGUGGUGGCGUUGGUGGUGGUGGUGGUGGUGGUGGAGGAAAAACAAUAGAAAUGUGGUGGCGGUGGUGGUGGUGGUGGUGGGAAAACAAUUCAAAUGUGGUGGUGGUGGUGGUGGAAAGAAAAACAAUAGAAAUGUGGUGGCGGUGGUGGUGGUGGUGGAGGGAAAACAAUUCAAAUGUGGUGGUGGUGGUGGUGGAAAGAAAAACAAUAGAAAUGUGGUGGCGGUGGUGGUGGUGGUGGAGGGAAAACAAUAGAAAUGUGGCGGUGGUGGUAUAUAGCUUCACUAUUUACGAAGCAGUGUUAAAAAAAGUUGAGUGUAGGGUCGAUGUGGGGUCGAUGUGGGGUCGAUGUAGGGUCGAUGUAGGGUCGAUGUGGGGUCGAUGUGGGAUCGAUGUAGGGUCGAUGUAGGGUCGCUAGGCGGUCGAUGUAUUUGUGGAUGGAAAAAUAUAUAGAAUAAAUGAGGAGGUGGAGGUGAAGGAGGGGAAUAAAAAACAUUGAGGAGGGAAAAUAAUAAAAAUUGUGGAGGAGGGAAUAAAAACAUUGAGGAGGGAAAAUAAUAAAAUUGUGGAGAAGGGAAAAAGAAAAAAUUGAGGAGGGAAAUAAAAUUGAAAAGGGAAAGGGGUAAGUAAAACAUGACUUGCUUUCUUUGACUGUUUUAAUAGAUUUCUUUCAAAUCGCUGUGUAUUUGACUCUUUUUGUUUUAAACGGUAUCUCGUGUCAGAUUUUAUUGCUAGCAAUUAUUAGUCGCGUGUUUUAAUUAAUCCUUGUUAAGUUAUUUGUUUUAUAAUAAUACGUCAAGAUUCUCUCCCUUGGGUCUUUCCUGUAGAGCUAAUUUGUAUUCAACUUUGGGCUUGCGAACUCGCAUAAUUAACUGAUUAACCGUGCGUGAAAAUGACAAGACUUUCAUUUCCUCGAGAUAGAAAGGAGAAAACGUCAGACAAACUUAGAGAGUUUUCAGCUCCAAUUUGGGUAUGUGUUGUUUAUAUAUAUCUGAGUUUUAGCGCCAAAUAAGAAGACGUAAACUGAAUUGAAAUAAAGACUUUUCAACUCCACUUUCUGUAUGUGUUUUGUUUAUGUAUAUCUGAGUUUUAGCGCUAAAGAAGAUAUAGGAAGCCGUUUCUCGCGUUGCUAGGUGAUCGCUUCUCUUAUUCCUUUUAAUAGACGGUCAAUAGAGUGACGCUCAUUAGUAAACCUAUCCACUUCAUUAUAUAUGGAGGAAGACACUUAAUUAGUAUGCAGGAAAUCCAAAUUAGUAUGCUGGAAGACAUACUAUGUUGAAAGAUAAGCCCCGUUAGUGUCUAGCAAGGUCUAGCAAGGUCUAGUCAAUGACGUCACCCAUUGUUAUAACCUGGGAAAAAGUGAAUUCCCUUUAUUAAUAUGUAUAAGUGCCUUCCCUUGCCUUCCGUAUGCCUUCCCUUAAUUGAUAUGCAUAAGCCUAUGACGUCACCUCUGAAAGAAGUGUCUUCCUGCAUACUAAUUUGGAUUAGGUUUACUAAUGAGCGUCACUCUACUACAAUAGGAACAAUAGACUUGCCUAAACUUGCCCGGUAAGUAACUUGAGCUCGGUUUUCAGACCGUCUAUUAAAAGGAAUAAGAGAAACGAUCACCUAGCAACGCGAGAAACGGCUUCCUGUAUCUUAUUUAGCGCUAAAACUCAGAUAUACAUAAACACAAAGGGAGUUGAAAAGUCUUGUAUUUGACUCUUUUUGUUUUAAACGGUAUCUCGUGUCAGAUUUUAUUGCUAGCAAUUAUUAGUCGCGUGUUUUAAUUAAUCCUUGUUAAGUUAUUUGUUUUAUAAUAAUACGUCAAGAUUCUCUCCCUUGGGUCUUUCCUGUAGAGCUAAUUUGUAUUCAACUUUGGGCUUGCGAACUCGCAUAAUUAACUGAUUAACCGUGCGUGAAAAUGAGAAGACUUUCAUUUCCUUGAGAUAGAAAGGAGAAAACGUCAGACAAACUUAGAGAGUUUUCAGCUCCAAUUUGUGUAUGUUUUGUUUAUAUAUAUCUGAGUUUUAGCGCCAAAUAAGAAGACGUAAACUGAAUUGAAAUAAAGACUUUUCAACUCCACUUUCUGUAUGUGUUUUGUUUAUGUAUAUCUGAGUUUUAGCGCUAAAGAAGAUAUAGGAAGCCGUUUCUCGCGUUGCUAGGUGAUCGCUUCUCUUAUUCCUUUUAAUAGACGGUCAAUAGAGUGACGCUCAUUAGUAAACCUAUCCACUUCAUUAUAUAUGGAGGAAGACACUUAAUUAGUAUGCAGGAAAUCCAAAUUAGUAUGCAGGAAGACACAUACAUAUUAAUAAAGGGAAUCCACUUUUUCCCAGGUUAUAACAAUGGGUGACGUCAUUGACUUGACCUUGCUAGACCUUGCUAGGCACUAACGGGGCUUAUCUUUCAACAUAGUAUACUACUCAUGUUCCCAUUAAGAAGCGUACCGUUACCAUUCGCCCAGCGGCACCUUGGUCCGCGAAGAAAAGAGGGGAAAAGACGGUUUGAGCGACGGUGGCGUGCUUCCCGUUCUAUGCGUGAUAGUGAAGCUUACACGCGUCAAUGUAAAGUUAUUAAGAACUUGCUAUCUUCAUCAAGAAGUAACUAUUAUUCAAAUCUAGUUGCUGAGAAUCAGUCUAACAUGAGAUCGCUUUUCGCAGUUUUUAGUAAACUACUUCAUCGACGUCAUGAGGCGAAGUACCCAAAGCAUGAUUCCUCGUCUUCUUUGGCUAAUGAUUUUGUACUAUUCUUCGGUGACAAGAUCAGAAGAAUCCGUCGUGACCUUGAUCAAGUCCAACCUUUGGAUACUGCUUUAGAUAACGGUACUACAGGCGGUCAACUGAACAUGUUUUCGACUGUUCCACCGGAUGAACUCUUGAGUAUCAUCGGCUCAACUAACCCUAAGUCCAGUGAUUUAGAUCCUGUUCCUCGUCAUGUACUUAAAUGUCUGUUUCCUUCUAUUCUCCCAGUAAUACACAAGAUUGUCAACCUUUCCUUGCAAACUGGUCGGAUGCCUGGAAUACUUAAACAAGCUAUACUUAAGCCAUUGCUCAAAAAGCCCUCUCUGGAUUCGAACGACUUCAAGAACUAUAGGCCUUAUUGUAAUCUUCUUUUCAUAUCCAAAACUAUUGAAAAAUGUGUUGCUAAACAGCUGAUUCAAUACUUAGAUAUUAAUGACCUUGGUGAAACAUAUCAAUCGGCCUAUAAGAGAAACCAUAGUACAGAGACGGCUCUUAUUAGAGUCCACAAUGACAUAGCCAUGGCAAUAGAUCAACAUAAUUCAGUUAUCCUAGUACUUUUCGAUCUUUCGGCUGAUUUGAUACUGUUGAUCAUGGUAUCCUCCUUUCGCCACUGUCCAAUCGCUUUGGAAUUACUGGAACUGUAUUGGAAUGGUUUCGAUCAUAUCUUUCUGAUCGUACACAGUUUGUGCAGGUUAAUGGUGCGUGCUCUGCUUCUCAUGUUCUUGAGUUUGGUGUACUGCAGGGAUCCGUUCUUGGCCCGUUGUUAUAUUCAAUGUACACAUCCCCUCUUGGCGAGAUUGCUCGACGUCAUCAAAUGUUCUAUCACUUUUAUGCUGAUGACACUCAGCUAUAUAUUACGUUCAGGACGUCGUCUGUUUCUGAUAUGAAUCUGAGUAACGCCAAAUUGGUAAACUGUGUUCGGGACAUGGACGCAUGGAUGCUUUCCAACAAGCUGAAAUUAAAUAAAGACAAGUCCAAAGUUCUCGCAAUAUCCUCUUCCUAUCGACCUCGGCCACCACUAUCUUCUGUUGAUAUAUGUAAUGAGACUGUAUCCUGCUCCCCCAGUGCACGCAAUAUUGGAGUUAUCUUUUAUCAGUCCCUUUGUAUGGUACCUCAUGUCAAUGUAGUCUAUCAAUCGUCCUUUUUUCAUCUUCGUAACACUAGUUUCAUACGCAAAUAUCUUACUUAUGAUGCUGCAAAGAUCAUUAUUCAUGCCUUCGUAGUUUCUAAACUUGAUUAUUGUAAUUCUUUACUGUACGGCCUGCCAUCCUAUCUUAUUCGGAAGCUUCAACAUGUUCAAAAUUCUGCUGCUCGCCUUGUCAACCAGUUUCCAAGAUUUUGCAUAUUACUCCAGUCCUGAUGGAUCUUCACUAGCUCCCUGUCUCCUUUCGUAUUGAACUUAAAAUUAUGUUAAUUACUUACAAAGUACUACAUGAUCGAGCUCCAAUCUAUAUACAGGAACUCCUUCAAUUGUAUACACCCAGCCGCAAUCUUAGAUCCUCUAACAAAAAUUUAUUAGUUAAACCCUAUUUUAAUCUCAAUUCGUAUGGUAAACGAGCUUUUUCUGUUGCUGCUCCGGAACUUUGGAACAACUUACCUGAGGAUAUUAAAUCUGCAAACUCAAUUGAUGAUUUUAAACGCAAACUUAAAACAUUUCUUUUUAUGCCAGCUUAUGAAUCGUGACGUUUUUAUUUGUUAUCUGAUUUUUUAUCUAUUGUGUACAUUUAUCUAUUUUGUAGUUAGCGUCUAGUUUUAAUGUCAAUUUCUUGCGAUUAUUUUUACUUUUUACUUCUAUCUAAUUUUUUGUAAACAGCGCCUUUGAAUCUUGUAGAAAAGGCGCUAUAUAAAUGAAUUAUUAUUAUUAUAUUUUAUUUAUUACAAUUUUUCUUUUACCAUGGCUUUAAACAUUUGAUUUGCUACCGUUUCUAUUUUUCUGCCAGGUUUCGUAGUUUUCUGGUUGCAGUCUUGUGAACACAAAUACUUUGACUACGUGGUUCUGUUGUUUAUUCUAACAAGCUGCGUGGUCCUGGCACUAGAAGAGCCGAACAUGCAUCCAAAGGUAGACCCGGGGGAGAUGUAUCUCAAUUUGCUUUCAGAAGUCGUCUAGUUCACAUGUCCCUAUAAUAUAAUUCCUGGCUUUUUUUCAAAUUAUAUAGCAAAAAUGAUCACGUCUCAAUCUCUUGUUUGUGUGCAUGUGUAAAAUCAUAUCUAUGGCAGCAAAAUUAGUUGAAAAAUGAACUGAUGAGGUCGGCUAAUUUUGCCUUAAGUUCGCGGCAGACUUUGCUAGUCACUGAUAGCUUCAAUCGCAAAGCUCAGCGUUUUUGGCUCCUUUUAUAUUCACAGAAACGCCAAAUAAUUGACAUCGCGAUGGUUGUGCUGACCGGAAUUUUCAGUGUUGAAAUGACUAUGAAGGUAAAUCGUUCUUACUAAAUGAAAUGCUUUGAUUUCGCUAUUGGUAAUAAACUGCUGUGUUCGACCUCCACUAUGGUAUACUGAAACUAAAACCAUGCACAAUAUUUUAAGCAGAGGAUGAUUCAGUAAGAACUUAGAGCACUGAAAGGUUUCAUCUUUCUCAAGGUAGCUCAAGGUCCAUAUAACUUACUCAACAACCUACAUUAAUGCAUGUAUGCCUCUCUUAUUUUUUCAGUUUAAUAUUUAUUGUGCACGAUUUCAUGCACCAGGCUCGAGCGCUUGCGGCUACAAAACAUCCAAUCCCAUUGUUUCUUUAAUUCUUCUUUCGACGCCUUUAUAUACGCCAAUUACCCAUUUUUAUUAUAUAGACACGAGUUUUUUACUGGAAAAUAUGCCACUCGUAAAAUUCAUAAAAACUACAUCCGGGACGCGAGUGGUUUAUUUCCAUAAUUUCACACGUGAGUUUAUCGAUGACGUAAUUUCGGUAAUUUCCCUCCAAAAUUUGUAGGCGUCUUGCGUCCUUUGAAUUUUGAUUACACAUUUUUCAAAGCUUUGCUUAUAUUUUGUCAAUGUAGAGCCCUAUUCAGCUCAGUGUUAUUUCUCAAGAUUAUUGUAAACAAUGUCUUAUAUCGCUGUACUGUAAAUUUGAGACGUCACAAUUACUUUUUGGCGAAUAAAAAUCUAUUAUUUUAUCGAUGUCUUUUUGUCUAUAUAAUAAAAAGAACAUUACACGGCGUCUUGAAGAUAUGAAUUUUAUUUUCUCGUGGCAAAAACAAUAUUUUACUCACUCGCUGCGCUCGUUCGUAAAAUAUUGUUUUGCCACUCGAAAAUAAAAUUCAUAUCUUCGCGCCACCGUGUAAUAUCCUCUAUAUAUCAAUAGCAUAUAUUUUGGAUAACCUUAAGUGGCCAAAAUAUGCGCCAUGAAUAAGUCUAAAAACUUUUUUAUAGUUGACUUUUUGAGCUUUGAAAGAAGUAUAAAGUGCUUAUAUGAAUAAAUUAACGUCACGAAUGACGCUUUCAGUAUUGCCACUCGCAAUCACAAAAUGAAGAAGACGAAGCGUCCUUCCUCUACUUGAUUUGUACUAGAUGAAAUGAUCGCCUGCGUACAAGUCUGAAAACAUAUCUUUACAAGCCGAGCACCUUAUUAAUUCCAUUGAAAAAUGAGUUGUAAAGAUAGGAAAACAGGGAACCUGUAGAGCGCUCCGUACAGUGAUGGUAGAGAUUACCUCUCACAAGUGAUCAUGACUGUCCAUUACAGAUUGUCGCUCAUGGUCUUGUUAUUGGUCCUGGAUCUUACUUGAAGGACGGAUGGAAUGUUCUGGAUGGGAGCCUUGUGUUGGUCUCCUGGAUUGACGUCAUCAUUACCUACAGCACUGCCUCUGCGCCGGAAGUGCUUGGAGCCUUGAAAGUCUUCCGAGCAUUGAGAACCCUUAGACCGUUGAGGUAGGUCUGCCAACCGACUCUUUUGUUUAGAUAAAGCGUCAAUCAAUCAAUCAAUCAAUCCGCGGCAGGAUUAGCUCAGUCGGCAGAGCACGUGACUUCAGAGCCGGAGGUCGCGGACCAUUACUCAGGGUCUUAAAAUAACUGAGAAAUGAAGGUACUUCCUUUGCCAUUCAAGCUGCUAAACCUUCGCUUAGCUCGAAUGAUCACGUAAAAUGGCGGUCCCGUCUGCGGUAGGAGACGUAAAAAAUAGUGUCCCUAAUUAGUACUUUCGUGCUAAAUACAUUGACACUCAAUAAAGCGCGUCAAUCAAUCAAUCAAUCAAUCAGUCAAUCAACAACCAAUAAGUCAGUCAGUCAGUCAGUCAGUUAAUCAAUCAAUAAGAACUUUAUUAACGUGUCAAACGCCUAGCACACCAUGAGUGGUGCACUAAUCGGAGACACUUAGACUAAAACGCGUAAACCAAGUUUGAUUUGGAAAAAUGCUAGUCUAUCAUGACGUCGUGUCAGAUUUUUAUGGAUUUAAAUCAACUUCUUGGCCCUCGUUUAAAGUUAGUUUUGAAUAAAAUUAGUCGGUGUGACAACUCCCUUGCAGCCAUUAACAUAAUCUUUAUCAAUGUAGGAUGAUUCGUCGUGCCCAAGGUUUAAAGUUGGUCGUUCAGACUUUGUUGUACUCGCUGAAGCCGAUUGGAAACACUGUUCUGAUAGCAGCUAUUUUCUUCGUUAUGUUUGCAAUACUUGGAGUACAGGUAACUUCUUUCUUCUUUUAAUUUCCCCUACUUGUUGAUACCGGAUUAAACUCUAAUUUAACGUUUAGGGGGCAUUUUCUACAAAGUUCAGCAGUAAUUUACUGCAACCAUUUUUCACAGAAAAGCACACCAUGUUUCUUCUUGUAGCCUUUAAAUCUAUGUGCAAUAGGAUUACAGUCGAACCUCCAAUGACGGUCACCUCUCUACAACUUCUUUUUAUCCAGGGGGACAGUCCAUACAUUGAAUGUUGUUUAAAUCUCUUUACAACGGCAUAAAGCUAUGUGGACGAUCUUUUUUUCUAUAUUGAAACUAUUUAUUUGUAUACAUUGUUGUCAUACCAUUUAUACAUUUUUCUUAGCCUUAAACCCUCUUAAAACAGUUUAGAAUUAAUGAAAAAGACCUCUCUAUGACGAACAUUAUUGAGCACUUUAGUGACUUUUUUUGAGGAAUAACUAGCAUUUUAGUGAGAAAAAUGGAGCCUUAAAGUGGAGCAUUUUAGUGGAAAAACAACAGCACAAUGUACAAAGGCCUAGACGGAGAGCAUAUUCUGCCUUGUUGCAGUCAUACAGAUACUUAUGCGCUUAAAUGUUUGGGACAGGGACAGGGCACCGAAUUUCGUAUGUGCUUACAGCGAUAUUCUUAAAGAUUUCAGACAAAAUACCCUUUCACUGCCUCCCUAAACUAAUUCGUGAGAUAAAUAUAUUCGAGAAUAAUAAACUUUGACAGCUGUCUAGGUAUGAUGGUCCUAUUGCUAUGCUACCGAGUGUCAGUAACGUACCGUUACUUCAUAAUACCAAACAAAGCCUAUCUUGAGUUCGCGAUCUUUUACGCCCCAUGAGGAUAGAACAGUGUUAGCCAAAUCAGAAUAUACUGAGGAUAAUUUGCCUUUUAUUGACAUUAAAUUGUAACUGGUUCAACCUUUCAGAUUUUCAAGGGCACCUUUCAUUUUUGUGAAGGAAACAGCCGCGUUAAAGACAAGAAAGAAUGUUUGAAGAGUAGUAACGGUCACUGGGAAAAUCAUAUGUACAAUUUUGACAACUUACCUCAGGUAAAUCAGAAUUCUUUAGGUUUGAUAUAAUUGUUUAAUUUGAACGAAAUUUUGAUCAGCGGUAUAGCGUUCCUAAUAUCUUUAAAGGGUGGUCUAUGCUGUGGUAUUUCUUUAAGUUAACUAUCUGUACCGGGUAUAUGCACAUUUUGUAUACCUGUCUUUGGGUUCGACCUGUUCAUGUACUUUGCAGUAGGAAUGAUCAUGCCAUUCCUCUUUUUAUUGAUGCGAAUAUCCUGCCAAUUUUCCUUCUCUAUUUUAAGUCCGUAUCUUACCUAAUGCAUGAUAUUCAUAUUAAUGCUUCGCCCUCACAAAUCGUGAAUUUCGUCCAGAAGACAUCAUCUAUUCAUGCUUAAAACACAAGAUCUUCCUUCAAAAAUAAUAUGUACAUAAAAAAAAAAAAUCUUGAAAAACCUAGACAAGCCGUCCUGAUAUUUGGCGCUAAUUAUAAAUUAUGGAAUGAGAUACCAGGUAGAAUGAAAGAUGUGUUUAAAAGAAAAUUAAUCUAUGAUUAACCACGACAGACUGGAUUACCUUGAUGCAACUAUUAUAACGCGAGAAAUAAAAUCGCGAAAUCCUAAACCUUAGCUUUUCCACAACUUGCAUUAAACAGAUCUGUCUUUCUUGAUUUUGACUUUAUUACACAUAUCCUUUCUUUUCUUUUCUCCUUCCAUUUUAAUUAUUCAGAUUAAUUAUUAUCAGUGAAAUCGGUUUCCAAUGGCGCAUUAAUUUGGCACGCUACGACUAGCGUUUUGGCUAACUGCGUGCCAAGAAAUCGUAUAAGGAACGCUUAGGUAACAAAUGUCGACUGUAACGUAACUAUACAAAUAACUUAAUUAAAAAUAAGAUCGAUACCUGUUCUGAUGUAGAACACAUGUAUAAUAAGUCGUACUGAAGUUGCCUUCCAUAUCGAUAAGAGUUUUCUAGGUCAGCAACUGACUUCGGGAAUAAAGGAUAUAGAAAUAUAAUUUGCAAAUUCAAUUAGAAAUUUAUCAUAUUUUUUCACUAUCAUUCCCAGGCUCUUAUUUCAUUAUUUGUGUUCUCCACUCGAGACGGAUGGGUGGAAAUUAUGCACAAUGGAAUUGAUGCUGUGGGAGUCGAUCAACAGGUUGGUGUCUUUCCUUGUAGUUUUUAAACGAAAAUGUCGAACGGAGAUUUUUUUUUCUAAGUUGUCAAGAUAUAUCAUGUUUUCCUGUUGCUUAAGACUGAGACAUUAAAGGCAUUCUCGUUAUAGCUCAGGAGUUGAUUCAGUUCAGCAUUAAGAGCACCUUCACUAGCAGCUUUUGCACUCUCGAAAUUGAGCAUUAACUUUUUACUUCAAUCUUUUCUUUGAUAGCCUGUAAAGAACUACGCUGAAUGGCGACUUGCGUAUUUCAUUCCUUUUCUUAUGCUGGGUGGCUUCCUUGUGCUAAAUAUGAUCGUGGGUGUGGUAGUAGAAAAUUUUCAACGCUGUCGAGAAAGACUCGAGGACGAAGAAAAGCAGAGAAGACGAAGAAAGAUGAUGGACAAAGCAAGAAGCAAGAAUCAACAAGGUGGAUAUUACGUACCUUCCUUUUGCGCUUGUAGUGCUGCACCUAUAAUUUCAUAAUUAUGCUAUUUGGUCUGUCUGUAAGUCAGAUUUAUUUCAUCUGCCAGAAGGCGAGUCUACAGAAGCUUAGUAUGUAUGCACGUUGCACCAUAUCGCAAGAUAAAACCUAGGAGGGUUUUUUGUAACACUGUGUACAAACAUUCUUUCUCUUUUUCUAAUAAUGCCUGAUUUCAUCAGCAUAGUAUAUUUAUUUACACUCACCAGAAAGUCAAAUUAUAAUUGCCUUAAGGACAGCAAGCAACUACUUAACGAACCCGCAAUCGAAAAAAAGGAAAAGAAAAACAACAAUGACAACAAAAAAAAAACAAAAGAAAUUAAAGAACUCUUAUUAAUUACAUCUUCAUGUUUUUCUUCCAGAGGUGGACCGAACGUAUUACCAAUCGUAUAGCAAAUGGCGGCGGCGUGUUCAUGACAUGUGCCUUCACAUGUCUUGGGACGUCGUUAUUGCCAUGGUGAUUUGCCUGAAAGUAAUCUGCAUGUCUUUGGAGCAUUAUCAGAUGUCACAGGUAAUGAGGAGGAAUACAAAAUUGAGGCUAAAACUUCAUUCCUGAGUCCAUUACGAUUCAUGUUUUAGUUUCGGCGCGUGUGAUAAAUGUUAGCUAAUGUUUUUUUAAUCAAUAGGGGUUUUAGGAAACUUGGUAGCCGAUUUGAUUCAUGCUACUAUUUUUCCCCUUUACUUAAUACUCGCCCAAACUUUUUCACUUCGUUAUCAGCUUUUUUAGCUUGUUUUUUUUUGGCACGCUUCAUUCCCCAUAAACCUCCAACAAUAUGAGGUUGAACUUUUCAAUACGUAAUGUAGGAAGGAAGUGGCACGAAAUUGGUCCUGGAAUUCAAAUGAACAAUAGACGUAUUUGAUUAACUUUUGCAGACUUUUGUUUUAUUCGUCGACACUUCAAAUUACCUUUUCACCGGCAUUUUUGUGCCAGAGGUGGUGCUCAAGUUCAUUGCCUUUGGAUUCGUUCUUUAUUUCAAAGACGGGUAAGUCGUGGGUUGCGCCAACUUUGGUAGACAUUUCCGCGUUUGAUUAAGACCAGUAAGUGAAUAUCUAUCAACGCUGCUGGAAAAAACGCCUUAAAGUAAGGAAACUUACCAAGUUUAAAGUUGAUACGUCCAAAGCAAGCAGACAUUUGACUGUUUGGUGGGGGGUUAAGUUAGUGCCCCCAUCAUAAAAACGUCUGUGAAUUUCACGACUUUGUGGAACCAUGUGUUCGUUAGGUUUCAAAAAAUCACUUUCAAAAGUGACUGUUCCAGUCAAGUGCCUAUUAACUUCAGAACAACUGAGGCUGUUUAUAUAUAUCCCAUGGAAGGUCGUGGGCUCAAUUCCCAUCUUGAACUCAGAAUAUUUUUCUGAGUUUUUCUGUCCACAUAAUCAUUCUGUUUGCCAGAAUUUGAAUUUUGGAUUUGUUUGCCCAUAAAUUUCACAUCAGCAAAAACAACAAUAUUUAUAAGGGAAGAACAAAAGCCUGAACGAAUGAGCGCAAUGAUGUUCGCCCUGCAAUGCUAAUGACCCAUCGCAAGAUUCUAUUCUUUUUCUGUGAUAGAGAGCAUACAUUAGGAGAAAAAACCGGAAUGCACUGAAUUAAUGUGAGAUAAAUGCUUGUCUUUUGAUUGAAAAUGAAACGAAGACUGAUAAUGUGAUUCUUGUAGUUAGAUAUGUCCCCCGGCCGCGAGCGAACAACUUCCUUGUUUCCAGUGGUCAUUUCAACAAAUGAUUGUCUGAAGCAGUAGCUUUAUUUACAACUUUAUCAUCAGAUUCAAUAAAAGUAAAUUGCACGAUCGUGUUGUAACAGAAGGCCAAAAGUACUGCGAACUCACACAAUAUUGUAUGAACUUAUUUGUAGGUGGAAUCUGGUUGAUCUAGUGAUCGUCAUUCUCUCUUUGGCUGGAAUAAUCAUCGAGUCACUAAGCUCUUCUAAUAAACUCUUGAUAAAUCCAACUGUUGCAAGAUCAUUGAGAGUAUUACGUAUUAUCAGAGGUUUGUAGAUAAAGGUUAUAACUCAGUAUAUAGUAUCAGUAGUGUCCGUCAGGAAGGAAUUAGUCUGUGAACAGGCUAUCUAGUAGGGUAAAGGAGGAGAGGGGAGGGGAGGGAAAGAGAUCGAGAAAGCGCAAAAAAAGCGGGGGGGGGAAGAAGGGGUGAAGCGCGUAGACAAAGACCUUAAGCUCUGUCGUAAUAGACGGCGUAAUCUAAAUUUCUACUGAAACAGUUUGCUACCACAGAUUUUCGCAUCCAGGGACUACGUGGGCAAAUUUCCAUCAAAAAUUAAGGUUUUUAGAAAACACUGGUUAAGCUAUUAAUGAUCUUGCGUAUUGAACUUGUGGUGUAUGUUAUCAAUUAUGAUAACCACUUUUAUUUGGUUAACACUCAGUAACUCAUCCCGGGGGGGGGGUACUCCCUUAUUUAGGCUAUAUGGGUAUGUGCGGCGCCAACGGGUAUGCUUUUCAGCCGUUUUUUCUGAAAUGGGGUACCAGUUUUGACCAUUUUGGUCUUAAAUAGGGUAUGGUUUGUGCACUCUAUUCUUGAAUUGGGUAUAUUUUUUAGAGGAAUCUACUUCUUCAUCAUUAGGCGAUAAAUCCCUAAGGAGACCUAUCAUUUCAAGUCUGAAAUAGGGUAGGGAAAAUCACAGAUUUUGGUCUGAAAUAGACAAUUUUUCUGGAAGUACCCAAACCCCCCCCCACCCCCCGGGUGACUCGUUAACGCAAUUUACUGACAUAAUGUCGAUCCAAAAUGGUUUAAAAAUAUUUACAGGAACAACACUCUUUUCAUCGCCUACUGAAAUCUCUGUACAUGAUUUCUUUUAGUGUUGAAGCUCGUGAAGUUAGCUAAAGGGGUUCGUUCACUUUUGGACACUCUCUUUGAAGCUCUUCCGCAGGUUUGUUUUUCACUGACUGCUAAUUUGUUUCAAGUUAAAACUAUUAUUAUUUUUGUAAUUUAUUUUUUUUAAAAAAAAUCGCAAUUACACAGAGCAUUCCAGAAUUUCUUGUCUUACUAAACAGAUAUUUUUGCUUUUUUUUUUAUAAAUUCAGGUUGCAAACCUUGGACUGCUAUUCUUACUUUUGUUUUUUAUCUACUCCUGCCUGGGUAUUCAGUUAUUUGGCACUGUUGGUAAGUUCUCGUGAUGUAGUAGCCAGAAAAUAUUAAGCAUACCCAUACCAGCUAAUUAAAGGGCAAGGGACUUAAUCAAGAGACACUCUUGAUAUGGUUUAUCAGAAAUAUGAAUUUCCUUAAGAACGAUCACAGGCCCUUAAAGUUAUGUUGCUCUAUUUAUUCUAUUAGUUCAUUGAGAGACGCGCAUAGGGAAGUCCGAGAAUACAUACUGUGAUUAUUACCACAAUAAAGUAAAGCUCUGUUGCUUUUAUAGAAUGAUCGCCAUUUUCAAAUUGAAUUCGAUAGGUAUGUAUGUGUGUAUGUAAGUUAACUGCCUAAUCUGGUCAUUUGUCUCAGAGUGUUCUCCGUCGCAGCCCUGCCAGGGCCUUGGUCCGCAUGCGCAUUUCAGAGAUUUUGGCACGGCUAUGCUGACAUUAUUUAGAAUAGCAACAGGGGACAACUGGAAUGGUAUACUAGAGGUUAGUAAAAUAUAAAAAGAACAUAGAAAUACUGUGGGACCGUCAUCUGGACAAUCUUUUAAAAUAAUAGUAAUCCUCCCAUACUUACAAUUAUGUUACGGCUUAAGUUAACUUGUCAAACGCCUUCCAUGGGGCCUUUUUCAGCGCUUACAUACCUAUAUGCAGAAACGAAAACCGAAACAAAUUCGUAUCAGUAAGGAAAAUGAAUUACAUUUUUGCUUUUUCCUUUAUAUAAACAUAAUAUGAGCAGUUUGAUUGGACUUGGUUGAUUAAAUGUAAUGUAACAAAUUAACAGUCAUCCUGAAAUUAUGGUUUGCUCAAUUGGUUAGAGCAGUAGGUCCGGGCUUGAUUGCCGGCCAGACGAACACAUAGGGUCUUGAAUAAUUAACCGAAAAGGAAUCGUUACUUUUGCUGUGACAUCUGCCAAUGGUAAUACCUUCACAUCCUGGCCUCUCGAAUUAACGUUGAAAAACCCUUGCCACAACACUUUCUUUGACGUCACAUCUCGUUAAACGAAAAGGAACUGUUAGGGACAUAACAAUUCCUGGCAUGGUGCACGUGACCAUCCCUUUCAUGGGUUGUGGGGAUGGGUGGGCAAGGCACAUCGCAGGAGAGCUAUGGGUCCUAUUCGUGUUCAUUGCAAUUAAGCAGGUGUGUCCCCAGUAAAGCUGGGGAAUGAAUACAGUAAAAACCUACGUGUAAGAACCUACAUCUUCGUAAGUGCGGCAAAUAAGGUUGUUAUAUUUUGGGGCAAUGUUUGGCAAUUUAGGCUAAGUAGGUUUUUAAUUUCUAUAAAGGUGACUAGGUUGUUGACUACCAGAAAAAUAAAGAAACUUGACUUUGGUCUUUAUAUAUAUACAGUAUUUAUUCACAACUUUACCUUGCAAACCUCCUUUAUUCAAGGUCCAUGAAGCCAAUUAUAGUACUUCAUGUAAACCUGUUUUUGUUGUUGGAAUUUCAGUAAUACUUUCUUUUGUACUUACCGUUUGGUAGAGUAUUUUCUUGUAAUAUCAAUUUAGAAUCUCGAAGCCAAACUUCUGGUUAAAAUGUUUAUCAUAAUUCAACUCUAACCCGCAUAUAAGAACCUGUCUGAUUUUGCUUGGCUAAACAGGUUCUUAUAUAUUUUUGGUAUUAAAGUGACAAAUUUCUGCCAACAGGUUCUUAAAGCACUAGAUUCUUACACGGGUUUUUUGCUGCAAUAAUUUUUAAAAUAAAUAAUUGUCAACAAUGCCGGAGUAGCUCAUGUUUAAUAGUAUCAUUUACUUUUCUUCCCAGGACACACUGCGCUCCAAAUGCUCUUCUGAAGCUGAAUAUGAUAAAUACUGUUGCAUGAGCAAAUAUACAGCACCUCUGUUCUUCGUUACGUUCGUACUGGCGGCUCAGUUUGUGUUAGUCAAUGUUGUCAUUGCUGUACUUAUGAAGCACUUGAAAGAAUCUAAAGAAAAAAUUGCAGCAAACAUGGCUGCCAAAGACUUGGAGAAGAAACUCAAGUUAUUGACUUUAUCGGCAAAGAAUUUCAUCAAAGGAAAAGCAAAGAAAAAUGACUUGCCCUCAAUUUCAAGACGACGUUCCAUAGUGCAGCUGGGUUUAGGUGGAAUAGAACUUGCUCAGUUGAAAUAUUGUGAGCCGGAAAAUACAAUAGACAAAUCGUUUAUGACAGAAUUUUCUAGAGCUGAUGCAAUUUUCCAAGAAUAUAUGCGUUUAAAUGCUAAUCUUCAAAAGGCUAAGAUGAAGAUCGUCCGUACCUCCUCGCACAAUACUGUCGAAGUAAACACGCCGUCUACUGAGACGCACUCUGUGCGACAAAGGCGUAAUAGCGUGGGUGGAGUAAGGGAACUUCAUAAGAUCUCUACUCAUUUAAGUUCAUUUACUGUAUAUAAGUCAGGCGCCAAACUGUGA